ACUAAUCUAAAAAACACGAAUAAUGCUUUAAAAUCCUGAAUUUAAUUGUAAGUGCUGUAACUCUUAUUGCCAUAUUGACAUGUGCGUGAAUUCCAAAUUAAUAAAUGGUUAGUCUGUUAGUAAUUAGGAAUCCUAAUCGUUAUUUAUUUUUUGCUACAAUGGAGUGCUUGUAAACAUAGUCGACCGCGACUAGUAGACUCGGCUGCAGCAGUGAGUGAACAUUAGUGGCCGUGUGUGUACAGUGCACGCACGCAUGUCAGUACGUGAUACUAAUACGAAUUAAAAUGUGCUAAACAAAAUGUUGAUGUUCAAAGUGUUUUGUGUGCUAUUGUUCGUAAUCUUGGCUGAAGGCGGCAAAAGUUAUUCGCGCCCAAAUAUACCAAGGAAAGAAAAUAGAGCUGGGAAACGUCCCGAAAAAAUCGAAGUGUUUGAUAACUUGUUCAAUGUGUACGAUCCAACGUUUUUGGCAGUUGUUUGGCCCAAAAUUACGAAUGGAAUGCACAUUUUAAUUGACCCCAACUGCUGGGAAGAGCUCGGGUAUUUCUUCAAAGACUUGACGGAAGGCAAGGCAUGGGCAUACAACGUUUUAGACGCAUCAGGGCGUUACGGGUCAGGACUGUUCAUGGGCAACCGAUACUGGUUGGGAUCCAAAGAACGGUGUCUGGAGUUGGAUAAACAAUCGUUUGUAACGAACAGAACUUCACCAUUAGUGGACAAUGGUGACGAAGAUGUUACUUCUAUAUCGCGGACAAAGUACUUCGAUGACGAGAGGCUCGAGUGGCGGUGGAUGGUGUACCACGACGACGUGGUCCACAACGCCGCGGACACAUGGCCGCCAUUCCGGCUCGCUUACACUGCGCUAGGCCUCUCGCUCAACAUUACGAAGACCAACAUGAUAAAGUCCACCGAUAUAGUGUUGGGUCUCUGCAUGCCCUACUCGUGUACCCCUCGCGACAUCGCGUCUGUCAUCAACUUCUCCAUCAUGGUCAACGACAACUUGAAAGCGAACAAGACAAGCUCACGUGUCGCGAGGGUCACCACAGUGAGGCGCGUGGUGGGACACUACGACAUCACGUCGGACAGCUACGGGGUCCUACUCCUCUGCAUCACAACAAUUCUCGCGGCGUUAGCCAUUGUCGCUACAGUAGUAGACUUAGAUUUGAUGAAAUGUCUACCGUACGGCUCGAAAUCUAUGACAUUCGAUCUAGAAAAAUACAAUACAGACCCUAGUAGGAAACUAGGCAGAGAUCAUGCAAGUGCGAAACAUGAGCACGAACCAAAGACAGAGACGGAGACGUUAGGAGUGGAGAACACGAACACACAUUACAUGGCGGUGGAGAGUCUCGUGAAGUGCAGCGCUCCCACGAUUACGCUGGACGUGAAUUGUGCGGACAAGAUAGUUGGCAGCUGCAAGAGAUGCGGCAAGUACAGGAAGCAGUGCAGCAACCCGCGCCAGCUCGACAACCUGCCGCCCUGCCCGCGGCUGCAGUACAACUCAUUCGCGAGCUUGAGCACGGAGAGCAAGAAGAAGAAUAUCUUCUGCAGGCUGCUUCUGUGCUUCUCUCUGGCGUACUGCUGGAAGAGGAUCUUCAACACGAACAUGGCGAACAAGGACUUGUCGUUGAUACACGUGAUGAGAGUUCUGGCGACGUUCUGGAUAAUGUUUGUGCACGUCGCUGUUAUUGUCGGGUAUAUUUCAGAUUCUGCUGCGGACAUUAACGACCAAAGUGGAGUGUACUUUAUCAUCGCAACUGGAACAAUAGCCUUUGACACGCUAUUUUUCGUCAGCGGUCUCUUCAGCGCGCACCAUUUCUUCUUCUUGAAGAGUCAGUACAGCGUCAAGGAGUUGGUCGGGUUCCAGGGUGUCUGCGGGGAGGUGCUACAGUUCAUUUGCUUCGUCACAAACAGAGUUAUCAGGUUACUGCCACCAUAUGCAUACGCGGUGUUGUUAUCCGCGGUGAUGGCACAGUCCGCGCACCAGACUGCCACGCUGGCGUUACCUGAUGGAGACGAGGUCAACUGCCAUGACCACGGCUGGAGGAACCUCCUCUAUGUUACUACUAUUUACCCUAAAAGCGAACAGUGCAUGCAAAUCGCAUGGUACCUCUCAACGGAGACACAGCUUCAUAUGGUGGGUGCUCUUCUUUGUGCGAUGAGUGCGACAUCUACCCUGCGCGGGCGUAUAGUAGCUGUACUCACAUUGUUUGCCAUGGUGUCGGCCACUGUUGCUGAUGCCAGUUCUGCAUACUUCGAUUUUCAACAGUUUUUUGCAAAUUCAUUUGGUGCGUACGCAAUUAUCAUUGAACGACCGUGGGCCCGUAUCGCUCCUUACUUCAUGGGCGUAUUCACUGGAUGGCUGAUUCACGUUGUACAGGGAAAGCUAAAAGUUUCUAAGGUGACGUCAUCGCUGCUGUGGAUGGCAUCAAUAUCAUUUAUGUUCACGUCGUCUGCUGUGCCGAUGGUGGGGCUGCCCUGGUUAGCCUCGUGGCUGCACCUGACCUGGCCCAUCUCGCUACUGUGGCCUGUAUUGAUGGGCGCUACUAAUAUGGCGGGGCUCUUCCGCAAAGUAACGACCCACUCGUCAGUAGCCGCAUUGAGUCGGCUGAGCUACGGCAUGUUGCUGCUGCACGCUGCUGUGGCGCGGACCAUGUUGCUGGCCGUGGACUCUGCUCUCUGUUCCACUACACUGUGUCUUUGGCUGUACUUCGCGGGAACAACAUUAUGCACCAUCCUUGCGUCCCUCCUCCUCUCCUUACUAGUAGAGAUGCCAUGCUGCAGCCUACUGAGACGGCUCUCCGACUGCGCCUCAUAACGUCAGUAAAACACAUUCAAUUCACGAUAAAAAAGUAUAUUUAUUAAUAAUAUUCGGUAAAAAACUUACAUCUAUUUAUAUUUACAGCUUAUUUACAUUAUUAGGUACACAUCAAAUUAAUGUACAUUUUAAUUUUAAUAGUAUUUAACACUAGUUAGGUAUGUUUUUAUUCAGAACUUAAUUUUGAUGUAGAUUUUGUAAAGAUGAGAGUUAGGCAGAUCUGUAGAGUAAUUUUCAGGCAGUUUCUUUUGCCUGCAUAUGUUUAGAGAUCAGUGCUAUGAGACAAAUGACACAAAUAAAAAUCAAUCGUAAACAAAUGUCAAUACAAGUUGACACUGACAUUCGACCAAUUAUGUCAACGCUAAUGUCAAUCCCUUCCAUUGACGUUUGUAUUCAUUCGAUUUGAUAAUCAUUUAUGUCAUUUGUUUGGAAAGAUGUAAACUUUAAGUUAAGCACAAUAUUAGCAAAGUGUAAUAAGUUUUCACUCCUCAGCUAGAAGACUACACUUAUGUACAUAAACCUAUAUACAAGUAAGUAUAAUGUAAGUAUGGAUUGAACAUAACUUAAUUAUUUAUUGUAUUUAUUACCUGAUUUCUAGUGGUACUGUAAAUUUUGUAAGAUAUAAUAAAUUGAAAUAAUCUA